ACAAGCAUGAAAGACGCAACCCACAGGCCAGAAACCAGAUUGGGGCUGGACCCUCCCGCAGGUGGGUGCAGCCUGCUCCUGGGGACCCUCCAACGGGCACACGGACAUCACGGCGUCUGCGGCCAAAGCCCUCGUGUCCGCACAGGCACACGGACAUCACGGCGUCUGCGGCCCAUGGGCCUGGUCCCGACACUUGGGAGCUGGAGGAAAGAGGAGCGCCCCUCAAGGAGUGCAUGGCUCUGCUCUUCUGGUUUUAGCCAAAUGCUCUGUGAAAGGGAAAGGGAGACUGGGAGGGCGAGAGCUGGGGGAGACGAGGAUUCAGAGAGGCCGCCACACUCCCCUCCCCGGGAAGCAUGCGUCCAUUUAAGGAAGGAGAGCUCCUCACUCCACAUGAGGUCUAUAUACAGUCACACGAGGUCCCUGAUCCUCCUGCGGUCAGCUAGUGUCGCCCUCCGGCAGCCACUGGGCCUGAACAAAGCCCUCUGCUUCUGGCUGAGCAGUGGCAGAAGCUGCCCAUGGGCCCUCACCCACACUUCACUGGCUGAAGGCUGCACUGAGAUCACCCCCAGGGCCCAGGGUGCCAUGAGCAGACAGGGAGCCACAGGCAGAAAUUAA